GCAGGCAGGCAGGAUGGACGAGGAGAAGAAGAAGACGGACUGCCUGCGCAGAGAGAUUGCCGAGCGGGAGAGGGAGCUCGCGGAGCUCCGGGCGCGGCUCGCCGGGGCGGAAUCCGAAGAGAAGGAGAGGACAGGGGACCAAGGGCGGCAUGCUAGGCAGCCCACGGCGGAUGGUGAUGAAGAUGAUGACGGGGACGGCGGCCAGCACGGCGGCAACGGUAACGGCAGCGGCGGCAUGCCAUGGCGGUGGCCUCUCGAGGAGCACGAGUACGAGCGGUACGGACGGCAGAUGAUUGUGCCAGGCUUUGGUCUACAAGCGCAGCUCAGACUCAAGAAGAGCCGGGUGCUCAUCGUGGGCGCCGGCGGCCUGGGCUGUCCCGCAGCCGCGUACCUCGCCGGCGCGGGCGUCGGCACGUUGGGCCUCAUCGACGCCGACACGGUGGAGGUGUCGAAUCUGCAUCGGCAGAUUGCGCACGGCACGUCGCGCGUAGGGAUGAGCAAGGUACUGAGCGCCAUUACGUAUCUGCGCGAACUCAACCCCACCAUCACCUACCGCAGCCACGAGGAGCACCUCACGCCGCUCAACGCCCGCGCCAUCGUCUCGCAGUAUGACCUCGUGCUUGACAGCACCGACCACCCCACGUCGCGGUACCUCGUGUCGGACGCGUGCGUCCUGCUCGGCCGCCCGCUCGUCUCCGCCUCAGCCUUCCAGACGUCGGGCCAGCUCGUCGCCCUCAACAGCCCGCCCGGCCGCGGGCCCUGCUACCGCUGUGUCUUCCCCCGCCCGCCCCCGCCCGAGAGCGUCGUCGGCUGCGGCGAGGGCGGCAUCGUGGGGCCCGUCGUCGGCGUCAUGGGCGUGCUGCAGGCCCUUGAGGCUAUCCGGAUCAUCUGCUCAGGCGGCGGGCUCAACGGGGAGGAGGGGAAGAAGCCCGCCGCCGCCGCCGCCGCUGCUGAUGAUGCUACUGCUGCAGCUGCUCACAAAGCAGACAGUGAGACGACAAAAGAGCAACGGCAGCAACACCGCAACAAGCCUGCAGAGCACAGGCUGCUCAUCUUCAGCGCCAUGGGAAGCGACGGCCCCUCCUUCCGGUCCGUCCGCAUGAAGGGCCGGCGCGCCGACUGCUUCGCCUGCUCCGACAAGCGCGGCCUGAGUCUCGAGUUCCUCGAGACAUCGGCCGACUACGUGCAGUUCUGCGGCGUCGCGCAGCCCGUGUCGCUGUUGGCACCUCACGAGCGCGUCUCCGUAGACGAGUACCAAAGCCAGAUGCGCAUCGCCGCCGAGGGCCCCCAUCUCCUCGUCGACGUGCGGCCCGCUGAGCAGUUUAGCCUCGGCAGCAUCCCCGGCGCCGUCAACGUCCCAAUCAGCCGCUUCAACCGCGGGGAGCCCCUGCCGGAGCUCGAGGACGCCGUGGAGAGGGGCGUGCCCGUGUAUUUUUUGUGCCGCGUGGGCAACGACUCGCAGAUUGCGACGCGCAAGUUCAAAGACCAGUUGGCGCGGGGCCACGGUGAGGGAGAGGCGUUCGUCGGCGACGUUGCGGGAGGGCUAAAGGCGUGGAGAGACGCCUACGACAGCACGAUGCCAUUUAUAUAGCUCCGUUAUUUGGAAGCCACAGACACGUCCCAAACAAAAUGAAAGGAAAGGAAACUGGAAAUACGACUCGUCUCGACAAGGGGAGUUGGCCGUUGUACAUGUUUCUGGGAUCCUAUAUGCUACAAUGAGAGUGUGGGCGUCGCGCCCGUGGAGGC